AUGCCACAUGAAGUGCCGCGCUCUGAUUUAGGCCUAGGCGUUACCACCGAGAGUACAAGGCCAAACAACUGGGACGUAAAAAACCUGUGACGUCACGUAGAGUAGGCCUAUGCCUAUGUUCUUAUGGAGUUUCGAGAUGCUGGCUGGCAAGAGAGCAGCGCCACCAUUUCUCUGCGGUGUUGUCAUAUCUAGAUUUGAUAUAGCAGUAUCGAAAUCUCUACUAAUUAGUUGUACCUCACUGUGGGCGAAUUUACAAAAUGUACUCGGGCCUGCGCAGCUUCAGUGAUGAUAUGAUUAUUCUUUCUGAUCUGCCUCAAUAUGUCAAGAAUACAUUUUUGAUAUUACGUUCAAUCUGUUACUUGUGUGGUCUAAUAAUUGAAAUAUGUGGCAACCUUGGUAACACCACUAACAUCUGAGCCUCUCUUAUGUAUCUUCCUGUGCUAUGUAAAUUGUAAAUUAUUGAUGUUUUAAACUUAUAUUUGAGUCUCGCGAUUGUUUAGCUAAGUUUUCAAAAUGCCUUACAAGUACACGUAUUUUCGUUUCCAUUAAAUGAAAACUGUAAUAAAAGAUGGCUCGAAGCAAUCCCUCGUAGUGAUUUAGUGGUCACAAAAAACACCAGAGUAUGCAAUUUGCACUUUGCUGUGGACAGCAUCAUUUGGGAAUCCACCUUCCAUGACGAAAAGACAUGUAGGACCAUUACUGUACCUCUUAAGUAUCCA